CUCCCUCUCCGAUCGUGUUCAAAAGAUAAGGAACUUCUAUUUGUGUAUGAAGCACAGACGUCGUCUCUCACUCUAGGCCCCGACGAGGACUUUUGGACGGAGUACUGCUUCGUGGACACCUAUUUUGGUUCAGAGGAGAAGCUUCACGAAUAUUUCUCGAACUGUAACCCGGGUGAGGGGUUUGAUCCCCCUUUAGGUGGAGUUGGCAAAAUGGAUACCCCUUGUUACGAUCCUCGUGAGUAUUACCUAAAGAAGCUUGAGCGUCGUGUUCGACAAGUCACUCGUGAAUCCACCUCUCUGGUAGAUACAUUUGACGAACGUAUUGAAGACUAUGAGAAGGAAAUUGCCAAAGUAUUUGAAGAUGACAAAGGCAAGUCACACACACGCACCCUAAGCGAUGUCAUCGCGAAGAUACAGCUCUUUGCAGGUUGUAUGAAAGCUACCAUUGACGCAUGGGACACAUUUUACAAGACUCAGAUCUCGUUGUUUACUAUAUUUGGAGAGCAAGAAUGGCAGUCUCGCAUCGACAACAUUGUUCAGAAUAUUGUGGAGCUCGAUCGACUUCGGGGAAUUCUCUUGACCAAGCAACAUCGGUUUGAGAGCAAACUAGCAAGUUACACGGCAUUCCCAUUGCAUUUCACAGCAGCCAUCUUUAGCAUGGGCUUCAUCAAACCUAAAUACCCCUGGCUUGCGUUCUUCUCUGUACUUUUCGUAACCUCAAUCAUCAAUUAUAUGAUAGCUUCACAUCGAAGCCCCUUCAGAAGAUGGCUUCGCCGACCUCUACGAAAUCGGGCCUACCGGUCAAUGGUGUAA